CGAGCCCGAGCGCCGGCGGCCGGAGUCUCCCGGCUGCAGCAGCGACCCCAACACAGGAGGAGGAGGAGGAGGAGGAGAAAGAAACAGCGACUGGAGUUGCAACAGCUCCGACCACGAGGAUGCCUCGUCAGUAGAUUUCAACUACGGCACGGAGGAGUAUGACGCCGAGGGCAACGAGGAGCCCAAAGUCCCGCCCGGCGGCUCGGAGACCAUGCCUUACAUCGACGAAUCGCCCACCAUGUCUCCCCAGCUCCGCGCUCGCAGCCCAGAGGGGGGAGACGGCUCUGACGGCAUCUCCCCCAUGCCUACCGAUGGACUGGGUCCUGGGGGAGACCGGGAUGCUGGCAAAGGCGUGGACAUGCGUUGGUUGGUGCUCAAAGAUUUCCUGAUCAGCGAAGAAAUGUACAUUAACCAGCUGGAAGCACUGUUGCUGCCUAUGAAGCCGCUGAAGGCGACGGCCACCACCUCCCAGCCGGUCCUCACGAUCCAGCAGAUCGAAACCAUCUUCUACAAGAUCCAGGACCUCUACGACAUGCACAAGGAGUUCUACGACAGCAUCUGGCCCCAGGUCCAGAGCUGGGACAGCGGCGUCAUCCUCGGCCACCUCUUCCAGAAACUGGCCAGCCAGUUGGGAGUCUACAAGGCUUUUGUGGACAACUACAAAACUGCUCUGGAGACAGCGGAAAAAUGCAGCCAAAGCAACAACCAGUUCCACAAAAUCUCCGAGGAGCUGAAAGUCAAGGGGCCGAAGGAUUCGAAGGAGAGCCCGACCUCCGUCACCAUGGAAGCGUUGCUGUAUAAGCCCAUAAAUCGGGUGACACGGAGCACUUUUGUGUUACACGACCUGUUGAAGCACACGCCCUCCGACCACCCGGACUACCCGCUGCUCCAGGACGCCCUCCGCAUCUCCCAGAACUUCCUUUCCAGCAUCAAUGAGGACAUCGACCCCCGCAGAACGGCAGUCACCACUCCCAAGGGAGAGACCCGGCAGCUGGUCAAAGACGGCUUCUUGGUGGAACUGGCCGAGGGCUCCCGCAAACUGCGCCACGUGUUCCUCUUCACCGACGUGCUUCUCUGUGCCAAGCUGAAGAAAACAGGAGUGGGGAAACACCAGCAAUAUGACUGCAAGUGGUACCUGCCGCUGGCAGAGCUGGUCUUCCCGUCGCUGGAGGAGUCGGAUUCGUGCCCCCAUGUCCACGCCAUGCCGGACCACGACUUGGAGGACAUGAAGAUAAAGAUUUCCUCGAUCAAGAGCGAGGUGCAGAAAGAGAAGGCCAACAAAGGACAAAGCCGGGCCAUGGAACGUUUAAAGAAGAAAAUGUUUGACAACGAGUUCUGGCUGCUGCUCAACUCCCCGUCGAUCCCCUUCCGGAUCCAUAACCGCAAUGGAAAAAGCUACCUGUUCCUGUUGUCCUCUGACUACGAGCGCUCAGAGUGGAGGGAGGCCAUUCAAAAGCUGCAAAAGAAAGAUCUCCAGACGUUCGUGCUAAGCUCCGUGGAGCUGCAAGUCCUGACGGGAUCCUGCUUCAAGUUACGCACGGUGCACAACAUUCCGGUCACCAGCAAUAAGGACGAUGACGAAUCUCCAGGAAUGUACGGCUUUUUGCACGUUAUCGUCCACUCCGCGAAGGGCUUCCAGCAGUCUGCCAACCUCUACUGCACCCUGGAAGUCGACUCCUUUGGCUACUUCGUCAGCAAAGCCAAGACCCGCGUCUUCCGAGACACGACGGAGCCCCAGUGGAACGAGGAAUUUGAGAUUGAGCUAGAGGGCUCCCAGUCGCUGCGCAUCCUGUGCUACGAGAAAUGCUACGACAAGAGCAAGCUGAACAAAGACAACAACGAGAUCGUGGACCGGAUCGUUGGCAAAGGGCAGGUCCAGCUGGAUCCCCAGACGGUACAGACCAAGAACUGGCACAUGGAUGUGAUCGAGAUGAAUGGGAUCAAAGUGGAGUUUUCGAUGAAGUUCACCAGCCGGGACAUGAGCCUGAAAAGGACCCCGUCGAAAAAGCAAACGGGAGUCUUUGGUGUCAAAAUCAGCGUUGUCACCAAGCGCGAGCGAUCCAAAGUGCCGUACAUCGUGCGCCAGUGCAUCGAGGAAGUCGAGAAGCGAGGCAUCGAUGAAGUGGGCAUCUACCGGAUCUCGGGGGUGGCCACCGACAUCCAGGCCCUGAAAGCUGCCUUUGACUCCAACAGCAAAGACAUCCUGAUGAUGCUCAGCGACAUGGACAUCAAUGCCAUUGCGGGCACCCUGAAGCUGUAUUUCCGCGAGCUCCCUGAGCCCCUGCUCACAGACAGGCUCUAUCCAGCCUUUAUGGAGGGGAUCGCUCUUUCGUCUCCAGCCCUCUCUGACCCGUCGGCUAAGGAGAAUUGCAUGAUGCACCUUCUACGUUCCCUCCCCGACCCCAACCUCAUCACAUUCCUCUUUCUGCUGGAACACUUGAAAAGAGUCGCCGAGAAGGAGCCCGUCAAUAAAAUGUCUCUGCACAACCUGGCCACCGUGUUUGGCCCAACGCUGUUGAGGCCGUCUGAGGAGAGCAAAGGACACCUGAGUUUGGCCUCAGACAUCUGGUCCCACGACGUCAUGGCCCAGGUCCAAGUGCUCCUCUACUACUUGCAACACGCGCCCAUCUCUUUUGCCGAGCUCAAACGCAACGCACUCUACUUCUCCACGGAUGUGUAACCUCCCCUGGCCCUGCGGCCGAGCAGCGGCCUGCGUUUUCGAAGCGGAGAGAUGCAGCAUGGAUGCCGGGCGGCUCUGGACGCCAGUCCUGCUGAGGACAUUGCACCGUCCUGGGACGUACCGUGCCUGUGCCACUUGGACAGUUUUGUACACUCCCCACCCAUGCGACCCCCGGCCUUCCCUGCGACCACUGCACUCUUCCUCCUGCACCGUUGCCACGUCUCUCAAACUUCCCGUCUUCAGGAGUCGCUUUUAACGUACGUUUGUCGGACAGCAGAAAGGGAGCGAGCGACGGAUGAGGACUGGACGUGCUGCCUCCACGGCCCAUCUGCUUCUUUUCAAAAGGUCGUCAUCUUCUGGGUUCAACAGAGCUUUACUACAGCCAAGGCCCUCCUCCUCC